GAACCAGCGCCAGCAGCAGGAUCCUCUCUUCUCUCUUCCCACUCCGUCUACCAAGUUGCGGUUUUCUUUGGAGGGAGAUUUCUGGUCCAUCUUCACCUUCUUCUGCACUGUCGUUCAACCCCACCUUAUUCUCUUCUUCACGACGGCUUCGUCGACUUCUCUCAUUUCUCCCUUUCGAAACUUGUGUGCGCUCGAUCGUCCCCCGCUGGGUGGUGGAGGUUCCGUUUAUAUUUUCUUGCUGGUCGAAGACAGUCCUUACCCUCCGCCUCGACGCAGCGACGCCGACGAACGCACAGCCGAAUCCGUACCGAACAACAACCAAAGACGCCGGUCGUCAACCCACCAUCGUCAUCAUCAAUCUCUAAAUUCAAAAAUCUAAGCACUAUUCAAAACAAAGAGGAGGAGUCUCGGAAGCGGAGGGACGUCUCGAUUCAAGGAGGAAAAGGAAAGAGGGGCAGCCAAGUCUCUCCGAGCGACAUCUUGGUUCUCGGGUCUCUAGGCUGCUCGGUUUUUUUGAGUUUGGAAAACACAAACAGCCAUGGCCAACAAAAUUCUCAUGGCCUUUGUGGCCGCUGAUAUCAUCUUCGUCGUCACCGGCGCCCUUCUCCUAGGCUACGCACUCAUCAACCAGAACCUCGUCAAGGAGGCCCCGACGGAAGGAACUCAGGCCGUCAUGCGUCUGCUGACGGCCCAGUUUCCCUUAACAGCCGGUAUCGCCAACGCCGUCUUCGUCUUCGUUACUUUCCUCAUCACCAUCCCGGGUAUGAUCACGCCCACCCGUGGCUGGCUCAAGAUCUCAGGCUACAUGACCACUUUCUGCGGCCUCUUCAGUCUGGUCCUCGGUGUCUACCUUUGGGUUCUUACUCUCACUACCAAGAACGACUUUGGCAAGACGUGGAGUGUUCAAGACCCUAGCGUCCAGGAACUCAUGCAGACUGCUUUCAAAUGCUGCGGUUACUUUAACAGCACUUCGCCCGCCUUCGUCACCGACGCUCAGUGUCCGAGUCCCGCCGCUGCCGCUCUGCAGCGCGGCUGCGCCACCCCGAUCACGAGCUUUGCCAACGUUUUUGUCGACAACAUCUUCACCGCUGUUUUCGGCAUGGUCGGCAUUGAUGCCCUUCUCGUCGUCUGCACCGCCAUGCUCCUCAAGGACCGUAAGGAGCGCGAACGUUACCGCCACAUUGACGAGAAGGCCGGCUACCGCGGCUUCUAAGUCUCGACCGUUUCGUUUCUCGGGGCAUAUGCCGUCGGCCGCGAGCCGGGGAAACCAAAUUUUCUCGUCUCUCGUUCUGGGAGCAUUUCUUCCUUCGGAAACGGCCCCUUUAUUUUUUCUUGCUGUGUGCCAGUAAGGGAGCGAGCAUAGCACGCACGCCUCCUUUUUUUUCUUGGGAUGGGAAUGAAAUGAAAAAAUCGCCUCACCUCCGCCACGGCCAUUGAUUGGCCUUAAUCUUUCUCCUUAGACAAAGUGGACAGGCAGAAUCAAUAUCUUACCCCCCUUUCUCUCUGCAAACCCGCAGAGCCUUCAUCUUUCCUCCUCGGCGGCCUGGUGUCACCAAGACCUGGCCACCAGUCGGACUAGGGGGCUUAUAACGACCCUUGACGUAUGGAAACGAAAUUUCGGACGGGAUAUUCGAAGCGAAAGUCUUUUUUGUGACGGCCAUACUCUCUCUCUCUCUCUCUUACCCUAGUUAUCACGCUUCUUGAAGCGAACUUACCCCCUUUUCUUGUUUUGUGUGGACAUCAUAUACAGAUUUUAGUAUUGUUUAUCCCUGUUCUGUCAAGAAAGGGGGAACUUGCUCUGGAAACAAAUUUGUUUAACUUUGC